GGAGAGCGGCCCGGGGGGAAAGGGCGGCAGGAGGGAUGGAUGCAUGGAUGUGUGCCCGUGUCCCCGCAUCCCCGCAUCCCCGCAUCCCCGGCCUCGCUGGCGCCGGCCGCCUCGCCCCGCGGCUCUCCGGGACCUGCCCCUCACGCCGGGGCCGCCCCCCGCCCGCGGCUUGUCCCGGCCCCUCAGGGAGCCCAGGGGCCGCCCGCCUUCCUGCCUACGGAGCAACGGCCGGGAGCGGGCCCGGCAUCGCGGCCGGCUCCACUCGGGGCACCCAGGGGCUUCUGCUCCGAGUUACCCCACGCUCCGCGUUGUCUGGCCGGCCCUCAUCCGUUUUCUCGGCGUUGGCGCGUUAGCCUCGGUUGUUGCUGCUUGUAUGGAAUUACCCCGAAUGAAAACUAGGAACCGGGCAGGAAGCGCGUAAAUAGCUUCAGAACGUCGGUUAGGUCGAAGCUUUGUGGGUGGCCGAGCAGCCCAGUGUUACCUUGGGAAAUUCCCAUUCCUGCUAAAAAGGCCGCUGCAGGCCCGGGCCGCGGGCAGCGAGAGCCCCGGCAGCCGUCGGGGAGCUGCGCUGGGGCUGGAGCGGCUCUGGGCCCGCACUGCAUUGCAGGGUUUCGUGCUCAUGCUGCUGGCCGGCCAUGGGCAGGAGGAGGGAAAACAAGCAGCAGUCUGCAGCCGCUCUCACCCAUGUAAAGCUUGUGAGAUACUGCGGUUUUCCUGCCGUGUUACUGCGUGUUGACAGAGAUAUUGGUAUUAACCUGACAGAUCCUAUGUUCAGAGGCAUCUACAGAGGAACACAAAAACAUCAAGAUGACUUUUCGGAUGUAGUAGAGAGAGCAGUCAAAGUUGGUGUUAAAAAGUUUUUGGUUACAGGUGGGAGCCUGCAAGAUAGUAAGGACGCAUUGCAGCUGGCGCAGACAAAUGACAUGUUUUACAGCACAGUUGGCUGCCAUCCUACACGCUGCGGAGAAUUCGAGCAGGGUAGCCCUGAACAGUAUUUAUCUGAGCUAAAAAAUCUGAUUGAGACAAAUAAGACAAAGGUAAUAGCUGUUGGAGAAUGUGGCUUAGAUUUUGAUAGAUUAGAAUUUUGCCCAAAGGACGUCCAGCUCAAGUAUUUUGAAAAACAAUUUGACCUGUCAGAGCAGACACAGCUGCCCAUGUUUCUUCACUGCAGAAACUCACAUGCGGAAUUUUUAGACAUCAUGAGAAGAAACCGAGAUAGAUUUGUGGGAGGGGUGGUACAUUCUUUUGAUGGCACAAAGGAAGAAGCAGCAGCUAUAAUAGACUUGGAUCUUUAUAUUGGAAUAAAUGGCUGUUCACUGAAAACAGAAGCCAACUUGGAAACACUGAAAUCGAUUCCUAGUGAACGGUUAAUGAUAGAGACUGAUGCACCUUGGUGUGGAGUGAAAAAUACUCAUGCUGGAUCAAAAUAUGUGAAAACCACCUUUCCUACAAAAAAGAAAUGGGAAAUAGGGCACUGCUUGAAGGACAGGAAUGAACCCUGCCAUAUCAUUCAAAUACUGGAAAUCAUGGCAGCAGUAAGAGAAGAUGACCCACUUGAGCUGGCCAACACUCUCUAUAACAACACUAUUAAAGUCUUCUUUCCAAAUGUAUAAAGUUGGUUUUCUUACAUUCAUUCAGCAUAACUUCACUAAAUAUAUUGCAAAGACUGAAGAUGAUCGUAUCUGCAAGUUCUUACCGACAGAAGCCAAUCUGUAGUGUGCUUGUUUUUUAUGGUACAAGAUUAAAGCUGCUUUGCACAGGUGGUUUGCAUCAGUGCCGUUUCUCAGCCCUGGUCCCCUCGUGGCAAGAUUGAGGAUGGAUUUCAAAGGCAGCCCCUGUCAGGAAGUCUUGCUGUGUGCCUGUGUGUGACCAGGUAAACACUGUGCUGCUGUGCACUUCCAGCUAGCCCUGGAAACUGGGAAGUGGGGAACACCACAAUGGCAUGCUUUACUGCUUGGCAGGCAAGCUU